AUGUUAUUGCGAGUCAAACUUGUAAGGUGUGUGCUGUCUGUGGACGCACUGAUCCCUACUGCUGCUUCAACAUAUCAAUUAUACCGCCGGUGCGCAGAGCCCCCUCGCAGAGCUCCCCUCCGGGCGCGGCACGCACCGCACCGGCAGCGGCGCGGAGGGGCUCGGCCUCCGCCGCCCCCGCGGGACGCGCGGCCGCGGCGUCUUUGCGCCUUUGUGCCACCCGGGGCUGCGCGGAGCCCCCUCUGCCCCCCGCUCGGGCGGGUUUGCCCUCCUCCACCUCUGCCAAAUGCUUAUCCCGGGCCGCGGCGCUGCGCGGCUCCGCCAGCCCGCCGGGACCGUGCUACUGCCCCUGCUUUUGCCCCGGCCGGGCCGCCCGCCGCCGAGCCCGCCUGGCCGCGGCGCUGCGCGGGGCUGGGCGCUGGGAAGAAAGCGAAGAAAGUUGGGCGGGAGCGCGGGUCGGCGGCGGACACCCCCGCUGUCUCGUCCUUCCCCCGGUGUCUCCCCUUCCUUGCUUCAGCUUUGAGAGCCGCAACCGCGGUGGGAGUGGGCACGGAGACGCGAGGCUUCCUCGCCAUGGUGCUCGGAGGGAGCUGCCGGGGCUGCACUCCGCGCUCCCUCCUCUCGGAGCCGCAGGGGGAGUCGAGGGGCGAGGAGCCCGUCCCAGAGGGAGCAUAGCGGCUGUGCCGCGUCAGGGUCAGCAGAGGAACGGGAGAAAAGGGGACUCCCUCCCGCAGUAGGGUCUCACUAGACCUCCCGGCUUCUGGGGUGACUGGAAAACCACGGCCCUGGAAGCCAAGUUGCUGAUUGCCGGAGCUAAGAAGUGUAGUGCGUGUGGAGAAGAACUGAACCGUUCACCAGACUAGUGAGUGGACAGCUAGAAAAGAAAGUAACACAUUAUGUUAGUGCACCUUGCACAAAUAGCAGCCGUGAUGCUACGCCGUUUCUGAGGAAACCGAGGCUCAUACCAAGAGGAGUUGCAUGGGACAGAACACAGCUAAUACCAGGAGAUAUGAAACUGGUUAGUCCCCACAUGUUGCACAUAAAAAGAAUUCAUAAUGAGCAUCUGUGGGAUGUGGAAUGGAUCCCAUGAGUUAGCUGAAGACCUCAUAACGUGAAAAAAUAUCUCUUCGAUGGAAAUUCAUUUCCAUUUACUUGAAGUUAAACGGUUUGACUUUGAAUUUUCAUUAUCUGCUGUUGGAAGGAGCCUGUGACAGGUGAAGAAGAGUCUAUGGGUGGGAAUAAUGGAAAAUAUUUUGACUUUUGAGAGACUCUAAACUCUUCAAACCUAUUGUUAUAACAGAUGAUGCUUGACAUUGCAAAUCAUUCUGUCUUCCUUUUACUUGUAAGUCCUGUAAUCUGUAAUAAACUGUGUACAUGCA